GCGGUAUGAGGCAGUCCCUGUAUGAAUGUGUGCGUGGGAGUUCCUCCUUUCGCCAUUCCGGGGUGUCGCCACACCACGGAGAGUACUGAGGGAGUCCUGCGAAGAGACCGCCUAGCCCCCUCCAGGCCUCUUCUCACCUCUCCACACCUUCAUCCAGCCACACACGGGGCCCCGGCAUGCCCCAGAAGACAGGUAUCCGCUCAUUACUCCCUCAGAGAACCGCCGCAGACCUCCCCAGCAGCCCUGUUUGAAAGAUUACGGAGACACCGAGGGAUGCUACUGCAGCAAACGCACCCCGCACCGCGAAAAUUCUCGACGUCUGCCCGAGGAACAGAAACAUUUGGUUGGCCCUUGACCGAAGCCCCUGAGGAUGUCCGACAGCUGUGCGAACAUGAACUCCGACGAUCGGCCGGUUAAAACGGUCCCCUUCCCCCUGAGCCACAGGCUCUCCAUGAAGGAAGUGUUUGACUGUGAGGGGAAGCCUAGAGUAGACCUGCUAAAAGCUCACCUCACCAAGGAGGGCCGUUUGGAGGAGGUGGUGGCCCUACGCAUCAUCAAUGAGGGAGCUGCCAUCCUGUGCCAGGAGAGGACCAUGCUGGAUAUAGAAGCCCCAGUCACAGUGUGUGGAGACAUCCACGGUCAGUUCUUUGACCUGAUGAAGCUGUUUGAGGUCGGCGGUUCCCCCGCGACGACACGCUACCUCUUCCUAGGGGACUACGUGGACCGGGGCUACUUCAGUAUUGAGUGUGUGUUGUAUCUGUGGUCGUUGAAAAUCCUCUACCCGAAGACGUUAUUUCUUCUACGGGGAAACCAUGAAUGUAGACACCUGACAGAAUAUUUCACUUUCAAAACUGAAUGUAAGAUAAAGUACUCAGAGCAGGUGUAUGACUCGUGUAUGGAUGCGUUUGACUGCCUGCCGCUGGCUGCUCUGAUGAACCAGCAGUUCCUGUGUGUCCAUGGAGGGCUCUCGCCAGAGAUCCACACGCUCGACGACAUCAAAAAGUUGGACAGGUUCAAGGAGCCUCCAGCUUUCGGGCCCAUGUGUGACCUGCUGUGGGCCGACCCACUCGAAGACUUUGGCAACGAGAAGACGCAAGAGUACUUUGGCCACAACACAGUCAGAGGCUGCUCCUACUUCUACAGUUACCCUGCAGUGUGUGAGUUUCUACAGACCAACAACUUGUUGUCAGUCAUCAGAGCACAUGAAGCGCAAGAUUCUGGGUACCGGAUGUACAGAAAGAGUCAGACUACAGGCUUUCCCUCCCUCAUCACCAUCUUCUCAGCACCUAACUACCUGGACGUCUACAACAACAAAGCGGCGGUUCUGAAGUAUGAGAACAACGUGAUGAACAUCCGCCAGUUCAACUGUUCCCCUCAUCCCUACUGGCUGCCCAACUUCAUGGAUGUCUUCACCUGGUCCCUGCCCUUUGUUGGAGAGAAAGUGACAGAGAUGCUGGUGAAUGUUCUCAGUAUCUGUUCAGAUGAUGAGCUCAUGGAGAAUGAUGGAGAGGAAGAGGUCUAUGAUGCCAAUGCAGCGGCAGCUAGGAAAGAGGUGAUCAGGAACAAGAUCCGUGCCAUCGGGAAGAUGGCCAAAAUGUUCCAAGUUUUACGGGAGGAGAGUGAGAACGUAUUGACCCUGAAGGGACUGACCCCCACUGGCAUGCUGCCCAGCGGAGUUCUAUCAGGAGGCAAGCAGACUCUGCAGAGUGCUACCAUUGAGGCCAUUGAAGCCAUUGAUCCUGUUGAGGACGCAGAAGCAAUCCGAGGCUUCUCUCCUCAACAUAAGAUCAAUAGCUUUGCGGAGGCCAAGGGUCUGGACCGGAUCAACGAGCGCAUGCCCCCCCGCCGUGACGCCGUCAACAGUGUUGGUGUAUCCAUGGGCCGCAUGAACAUGGGGGAGCCCAACGGCACCGACAACAACAGCAAUAUACAGGGAUGAUGCACACACACACACACACACACACACACACACACACACACACACACACACACACACACACACACACACACACACACACACACACACACACACACACACACACACACACACUUAAACACUAUUUCAUACACGCUCUGAAACACGCACAUAGAUAUGAAGUACAUACACCAACAUACACACAUUUGACUUACACAUACUCACAAAUACACUUGAUUUAAACAUAAAGUACACACACAUACUUAUACAUACACAUAAACACAAAACAUACAGGACACACAAGUCAACAUAUACCCUUAUACAGGGAUGGUACACACACCAUCCUCCUCCUCCCCCUACCCCGUCCUGUUGCUGCCCAGCCCACCUCUCCACCAGUGUGGCAAGACUUUGCCAUGGAUGGUUGAGGUGUCCUACUGGACAAACUGUACUGCAGGUUCCAUCAUUACCUGAUCUGACCUGGUCACACACACUACUGCAGGCCCCUGACCUGACCACACCACACUACGGAACACUCUACUGGACGUUCUGGAACACUCUACUGGACGUUCUGGAACACUCUACUGGACGUUCUGGAACACUCUACUGGACGUUCUGGAACACUCUAGUGAACGUUCUGGAACACUCUUCUGGACGUUCUAGAACACUCUACUGGACGUUCUGGAACACUCUACUGGACGUUCUGGAACACUCUACUGGACGUUCUGGAACACUCUACUGGACGUUCUGGAACACUAGCGAACGUUCUGGAACACUCUACUGGACGUUCUGGAACACUCUACUGAACGUUCUGGAACACUCCAAUGCAAAACAAAGAGCUACUGUUCUGUUCUCAUUGUGUAGUAGGGGUGACUUGGUGACAGAUGUUACCUUUCUGUUGUGUUGGGGGCAGAGGGAGAGUGGGGGGGUUGGGGAGGGGAGGCAUGGGCUGAGAGGUCAACGAGGGCUGAGGUGGCAUGCGGUAGAGGGACUUCCUGUCCUGGAUUUUCAGUUUCCUCUUCUCAUUUUAAAACAGGAAGUUGUGUGGUCAGCCCGGUUGGUGGUUUACUUCAUUCACUUUAUUUUAUAAGAUAGCUAGAUAGAUAGAGAGAUGGACUGGAUGGUUGUCGUGACGUCCAUGGGAGUUUAUUUGUGUGUGCUCGUGUCUGCAUUUGCGAUUGUGUGAGUGUAUGUGUGUCUGUGGGGGUGAAAUUUGAAUAGCAUUUUCAUAUGCAACAUACAAGGUUGUGCUAUCGAACAUGUUUUGCUACUAGUACUAUAUGAUAAUAACAGAACAUUCAAAUGAAACAUAUUAUUUAUUUACUUCAAGGAAAAGACAAUGUUGUCAGAAGGUUAAAAAUACAGUCUUAUUACCUGAGUGUUCUCUCUCGAUCUUAUUUUAUAAGCCAAUAUGCUCCACUGGUCAGUUAGUCAGGACUAAAGUGUGUGGCCCACUGUUCAUUCACACAGAGUUCACAGUACACUCACUACACCCCAGGCAGGCGCUGCCUCUAAAGUCAGUCAGAUAGAUUAAACUGACCUUAGAUCAGUUUUAGUGGCAACGUCUGUCUAUUCCACUCUUAUGUUCCAUUGCUGCCAAAACUGAUCAUAUUUCACUUUUAAGGGCAUCUUUUUACCACUUUUACUUAUUCCACUUGCUGGGACUAGCUACACGUUGUAUGUUCUAUUGCUGCCAAGUCAAUCAUAGAAAUAGAAAGCAUAGAAUGGAUACCUGUAUCAGAGAUUGAAAUGUAGAAAUAACUAUGAUAGAUUGGCUGUUUUGCUGGCAUGCAAUCAGAAUCAGCAAUGAGUGAAGUCCAUUCCAUGCGUUCCAUUUCUACGGUGUCCUCUUAAUGUGCUGUCCAGUAGCCUAUAACCUGAGCUGGCUGCACUGGAGGAAGUUCCUAUAGUGUAUAUGCUGUUGUGUUCUACCUUGAAAAUGAAAUGAAGUGUUUUUGGCUGUGUGAGCAGUGGCUAACAGAAGUCAACAGAAGGUUAUUUAUUUGAAAAGCAUUUAUAAACGCAUCAAUGCAUGCAGUUAAGUUAUUUGAUAAUAAUAAUGUGAAAUUCGAUUUGUGCCAUGUUUCAGUAUGGUAAGUUUAUUUUUUCUUGCUUCAAAAUUAACUAAGGGAUAAUAUUUAUUUUGCAAAACAUUUAUUUAUGAUUUUUAUACAUUGUUUGGGGUGAUUUUGUUAUUCUUUUUUAAAUGUUUUCCAUUACUGUAUUAUGAAUUAAUUUAUUGUUUUAUUUUGAUGCUGUACAGACUGGAAGCUUCUAUGAGGUGAAAUGCAUUGUGACUCUAUCUCUCCUCUCUUCUCUGUUGAUGUACAGGAGUUGCUUUUAAACCUGCAAUAGCGUGAAUUAAUGACCAUACUAUAAAGAGACAGACUUCCAUUCAGGCAGCCAAAGCAUGAUUGCAUGGCAAACUAAUCUGUAAAAGCAGACACAGUUACAAAAGUUGUCUCUCAAAUUUUAAAGGAAAAGUGUACUCUCUAAUCAUAAUUCUUAAAUGAUAUUCUUGUUAUUUAAUAUUAUUAUUCUAUUUAUAAUUAACAUUAUUCUUAAGCUCUCUGCUGGUUGCUCUCGCAUUUUUCUGAUCUUUGUUUGGUCUCAUUGUGCUUUAUUUUACGAGGUGAACUUACUGGAGACCUUGUGCCAUAUAGUUUGUGCCAUGGCUCUCUGUCUCAUCACACACACUGUACGCAUGCCCCAUGGGACAAACCACUUUUUUUACUCUUGAAUAAAAUAUGCAUGAACCUUU